AUGUCGUUAUGCGGCGGCUCCGGCUGCGGCCCCGCCGCUGCUCCUCGGCUGCGGCCUCGCGCCGCCCAGAUGGCGCGUCGGCCCGAGCUGCUGUGCGGCGCUGCCAUCCUGCUGGGCUGCGCCUUCCUUGUCGCCCUCAAAGUCACCUGCAGCCGAGCAAAAGAUGUAACAAUGCCAGCGAAGCUUCCAGUGAAUUUUUUCUCCACAAGAUCUCCAGUCAUUGAUCUCUUCCGGGGACAGUUAGACUAUGCAGAUCACCUUCGUCAGGAUUCAGAAAUCGUGCUCUAUUUCUUCUAUGCGCCGUGGUGUGGCCAGUCCAUUGCAGCAAGAGAAGAAAUAGAGCAUGUGGCCAGCAGGUUGUCAGACCAGGUGCUGUUUGUGGCUGUAAAUUGCUGGUGGAACCAGGGGAAAUGUAGGAAGCAGAAGCAUUUCUUCUACUUUCCUGUGAUACACUUAUACCAUCGGAGUUUUGGACCAAUUGAAUACAAAGGCCCUAUGAGUGCUGUUUAUAUUGAAAAGUUUGUUCGCCGGGUGAUGACACCACUACUCUACAUCUCGUCUCGAUCAAAAUUACUAGAUUUCCUCUCAAAUUAUGAGCCAGGAGUUAUAGGAUAUUUUGAGUUCAAUGCUUCACCUCAACCACCUGGUUAUUUAACGUUCUUCACCUCAGCAUUACAUUCAUUAAAAAAAGAUUACCUUGGAACAAUACGCUUUGGAGUGAUCACAGAUAAACGUGUUGCAGAGGAGAUCUCCCUGGUGCAUUCAGGCAGUGUGUAUUUGCACAGACAUUUCAACACAUCUCUUAUCUACCCAAAUGACAUAAUGAACUAUACUGCUGAGAACAUUUGCAAGUGGGCUCUAGAAAAUCGAGAGAUGCUCAUACGGUGGCUGAGGCCACAUGGUGGAAAAAGCCUUCUUCUAAACAACGAGCUGAAGAAAGGACCAGCACUUCUCAUAUUUAUACCUUACAAUCCCUUAGCAGAAAUUCAUCCUCUUUUAGAUGAAAUUACCAAAGUGGCCUUGGAAUACCACAACUGUAAUAAAAGCCAGGCAGCUGAGCCAGAUCUUCAACACAUAGGAGACACUGAUUCACCAGCUUUUGAUUCCUCUGUACCAGAUGCACAUCCAAAAUUAUCAGAAACGUUUUCCAUAACCAAGUACCCAUGUUGUAACACAGUGGUGCUUCCACAGUGGCAUUCAAUAUCCAGAACUCACAAUGUCUGUGAGCUUUGCAUUAAUCAGACACUUGGUGUCAAACCAAAUAAAGUCCAUGGGCCACACUGUAACUUUUUAGAGAUAGAAGCAGCUUUGGACUCUUUCUACCUCCAGGAACAUACCUUUUUCCAGGUUAUAUCAAAUACCAUAGAGUGCAGCAAUUUCUUAAGUUUCUAUAGUCCCUUUAGCUAUUACACUGCAUGUUGCAGGACAGUAAACAGGCAUUUUUUAAGUUUCAUUAGUUCUGAGAAUGCCAUCUUUCAGACCCCCAAAGUAGCAUUUUCUUCCCAUGGGAAGAAAGAUAACACCCAACAUUCUAUUCCUCACAUUGAGGAUAGGAAUUGUUUCAUUCCUAACCUUCAUAUUAGUGACACUAACAUUACAGGUCUGAGCUGCAGGACCAACAAAACCUUGAAUCUCUAUCUACUGGAUUCAAAUCUUUUUUGGAUAUAUGCAGAGAGACUAGGAGCAUCAAGAUCUACUCAUCUUAAGGAAUUUGCUGCCAUCGUUGACCUGAAAGAAGAAGUGCACUAUGUCCUGGAUCAAAAUCAGUCACUUGUUGGAUCUACCCUGGAGAACUUCAUUAAAAAUUUCAGUAUUCUCUACAGUCCCUUGAAAAGACAUCUUGUGGAUGACCCUUCGGUCCAUAUUCACGGGCAGCAUGUAAUCACCGAAGUGACUACUCCUACCUUUCAUGAGACUGUGUUUUUGAGCGAAAAGAAUGUCUUGCUGCUCUAUUAUGCACCAUGGUGUGGAUUCUGUGCUUCUCUGAAUCACAUCUUUAUUCAGCUUGCUCGGCUUUUACCUGCAGAUAAUUUCAUUGUGGCAAGGAUUGAUAUCACUCGAAAUGACCUUCCAUGGGAAUUUAUGACAGAUCGUCUCCCAACCAUUUUACUUUUUCCUCACCAGAGGAAGGAGCAAAGUGUGAAGUUCCCUGAAGACUUUCCAGUUACCCUUCCUAAUCUCCUUAAAUUUAUUUUACAUCACGCAAGUCUUUCUUCAUCAGAGCCCUGUACCAAAGAAUGCCUACAUAAGGGGACAGUUCUACAGCAAGGACACAUCUCCCACUUAGAGAGAGAAAUUCAGAAGUUAAGAUCAGAAAUCAGGGCACUUCAUCAGGCCCAUGACCAGCUUGAAGCACAGCUUUCUGAAGCUAGGAGAGAGGAACACAGACUACAGCAGCAAAAACACACACUGGAAAAGCAGCACAAGACUCUGCAGCUCCACAGUGAGCAGUUACAGGCCACGUAUGACCAGAAGAAUCAAGAAUUAUUAGAAAUGGCUGAAAAGCUUCAAGAAUUAGCUGAUGCAUCAGAAAACCUCCUUAAAGCAAAUACUUUACUGAGAAUCCUGGUGGCAUCAAAGGAAGGAAAGCUACAAAGCAAAGAUGAAAUUAAAGAGUCCCUUCCAUCAGAGCAGACAAUUUCUGAAGAUCAUGAUAUAUCAGUUGCAACAGCUGCUACCACAUCAGAAGAGGAAAGGAUUGAUAAUAUUGAUACCAUAGACACAGAGCACAGUAGUGGAAACAGGACAGAAUAAUUACUUACACAGUGGAAUGAUGCAGUAUUGGGUAGGUAUUUAUGCAAAUUUUAUUGAAAUUCAUUGUAAAUAAAGACUUCUUCCCCAUAUGAUCCAGAAAAAGAAAAAUCAAAUGGAAUAUUUUUGUAUACUUGAACUACUUAAUAACCACAUCUAAAGAGAAGAGAAUGGAAAACACUUUCUGCACUUUACUAUUGCACUAACUUGCAAACACCUGUCCAUUUAAAUUAAAGAUGCUGGUUUUUAGGGGAAGCAGUAUGAAGCACCUCUGACUUAAGGACCAGUUCUUUUUCACUGGCUUUCUCUUAUAGCUGCUAGAAAAAUUAGACCUUUGAUUUAUACUUUUACAUGAUUUCUGAAUUUUGCCCUUUACACUGCAUUCUCUUUGCUGAAUUAAGAGAUACUUCAUCUGUGUAAUGAGUGGACAAAGUCAUCUUGCUACAACAAUUCUGGUUUAGAACUUCAACACUUUAUCACUUUUGUAUACCAGUUACCUGACUGUCUUGAAAUCUGCAAGAGCCAUGUGUGAACUGUUCUGUACUGAAAACUAAAAGUCUUACUGAAGUAAUAAUUUUCUCUUUGAUUUGUAAGAGGUCUAGAAUAUAGCAGGUUCAGUGUGUGGGUCUGGCUACACAUACAAGUCUUGGACUGGUACCUUAAAAGCAUGUGCCAAGGUAAGAAGAGUCCUCUUAUCAGCUCCACCCCAUAUAGUUCACAAGGCAACAGCAGGAACUUUUUGCUACUGACAGUAUCAAUUCUGCUUAAAAUUAUAGCCUUCACUUAAAAGGCAAAGGUAGAGCUAAAAAUGCACAUCAAUGUGUUACUGUAGAAGAAAGGACACAACUUUGUCUAGGCCAUUGUCUUGCAUACAGUUACAAUUGUGAAGCAAGUUUGCUAGGCCUGUGUUACUUGGUUAUUCCAUAUGCACAGGUACAAGCAGUAAAUCUAAUGAGUCAUAUAGAGCUGAAGAACUUGUUCUUCAUUAUUUGUAACUCAUUUCAGGGCACAGAUUUACAGUAACUUUUUUCCCUAGGCAAUAGUUUAAAAGUUUCAGUAGGCAAAGGAAGCUAUUUAUAAAGUCACUGAAAACAGGUCAGCAGCCUCAAAGCAUAUGUGCCUACCCCAAGAGUUCUAGAAUAUGUAUGCUGCCAUUGGUGGCUCAGUGUUGUUUCUUCUCUUUCUGCCCUCCCUCCCCUCAAACCUCUGAUGCUCAGAACUGCCCCUUUAACACAUCUUUACAGUUCCCAUGGCUGAACUACAGCAUAGAGCAGGAAACGGAAGGGAUGUCCUUUUUUAUUUUGGAAAAAAUUUCCCAGCUAAAAACUUACACAGAUUGGUCAGUAAUCUUCUUUGCUCACAUCAACAUUUGUUUAUAUAGGAAAGACUGAAACUUAUCUUUUAGUAAUACAGUUAAAUCAAGAGUUACCUACAGGAUUAACCAAAUUCUAUAGUUGUUUGUCUGUAGAGUGAAAUACCUUUUUACAACAGGCUGUUGGCAUAUAUCCUAACUGCUAAGUAGACAAAUAGGGACUUCUAAGAAAAAUUCACACUAGUGGCAGUUCUGCCAGUUUUAGGAAGUAACCACUUAGGCAGUUUCAGCAUGCAGACCUACAGAGAAGAAAAGCCUGCUCUACUGCCACUUCAGAACUCCUGGAAACCUUCUGGACCAUGCCUGUGGGUUCAGUAUCCAUCAUUAGUUUCCAGGUUGGAAACCAUCCAAAUGGCAGUUUCCUUGCAGUUUUCUUCUACAUACUUGCAGAACUCAGAUCUAGCAGCAAAAAGCUUAACCUGCUCAGCUGCAACUAAAGGAAAUCAAUUCCUUUCUUGCAGCUUCUGUGCUUCAACGCAUUACUGAAGGCUUAAAACUUCUGAAAGUAUUCUGCACAAGUCCAACAAACUGUUAAGAGCAGGAGUUCUGACUUCAUAGCUGUGCAUUCAAGUUAGUAGCAGAAGCAUGCUUUAACUGCAGGUUUGGUGUUGAAGGCCUGGAAUACCAUCCACAUAACACAAGACUCCCAAAUGACAACUGUACAGUUACAUCAUGUAAUUCCUGUGUUGUGGAACAAAAGCAAAAAGCUUCUGACAACCUAUUUACAGUUCACAGUUGUAAAGUAAUUCAUAUUACAGUAGUAUCUCCAUCAAAAUAGCUAAACAUUCAAGUAACAAAAAAGGCUAGUAGUCUCUUCGCACCAGUAUAUCCUGUGUCCAUUGCCAGCAACGGACAUUAUGCCAGGUCAGUCACAGAGGAACUCGGAUACACAGUUGACACAAAGUGCUACUUUCUCAGUGCAUGCAACUGCAAAUAAAGCUCGAGGGUAUUUUCUGAUGGGAAGAGUGCAUGUGACCAGGU